AUGUCAAAAGAGUCAAGAUCAUUAUCAAUAUCAUCGGUGACCAAUCUCAAAUUUGGAACUUCGAUUAAAGUUCAAGGAUUAGAUUCUAAGGAAGAUACAGAUGAGUUAGUGGAUGAUAAAAUUGUUAAUGCUAAACAAGCUGAUGUUACACUAGAACUUUUCAAAAAAUAUGAAGAACAAGCAGGAGAAUUAACUCCUGAAUUAGAAGCUCGUAUCAAAAGGAAACUUUGGCUUAUUAUAUUACCAAUUUUAUUUUUUGUUAACUUUAUACUUUUUUUAGAUAAAAAUGCAUUUAGUUAUGCUGCUUUAUUAGGUUUAUUUGAGGAUGCAAACUUAACUCAAUCAACUUAUAAUGAUAUCCAAACUUAUUUUUAUGUUGGUUAUUUAUUAGCCCAAAUUCCAAGUCAUUAUAUUUUUCAAAGAAUUAAAUUAUCUUGGUAUAUAACUGGUGUCACUGCUGUUUGGACAAUCACUACAUUUUCAAUGUUGGCAGCUAAGAAUUAUAAGCAUUUGAUUGUUAUUAGAUUUUUCCUUGGGUUUUCUGAGGCUGGGGUUACGCCUUGUAUCCAACAUACAAUUGCCAUGUGGUUCCCACCCGUGGAACAAGCAUUUGUAAAUCCAAUCUUUUGGAUAAGUACGUUAAGUCAAGGUGUUACAGGUGGUUUGAUUGCUUAUGGUACAUUACAUGUUGAAACUUGGAGACCAUGGAAAGUUUAUUGGACUAUUAUUGGUGGAUUAUCAAUAAUUUUGUCAAUUUCAAGUUAUUUAUUUUAUCCUGAUAACCCUGCAACUUAUAAAUAUUUCACAGUGGAAGAACGCAUUCAUGUUAUCAAGAGAAUUAAAGCUGUUACAAAUUCAUCCAUUGAACAGAAAACUGUUAAACGAUAUCAAGUUGUUGAAGCUUUAAAAGACCCAAUAACAUAUCUUUUUGGGUUAUUUGUAUUCUUUUUAAUGUUGUGUCAAAGUUUAGGUUUUCAAACUGCAAUUAUUUAUAAAAACUUAGGAUUUAGUAAUUUACAAUCAACUUUAGUUUCAGUGGCACAAUCAGGUUGGUCAGUACUAUCUGCAAUAGCUGGAUCAUUAGCUCUAGUCAAAUUCAAAACUCAAUCAGCUCAUGUCGGCUCGGUGUUUUCAUUAUUUGCGUUGUUAGGUGGUCUCCUUGCCGUAUCAGUCCCCUUGAAUAAACCUUAUGGUAUUCUUGCAGGUACUUUUUUGACAGCAGGUACAGCAAAUACAUUUAUUAUGGGAUUCUCAUGGUCACAAUCCUCUGCGGCUGGAUAUUCUAAAAAGAUUGUUAGAACAAUUGCAUGGUCUAUUGGAUAUUGUAUUUCAAGUCUCGUUUGUCCGCAUUUUUGGAGGCAACAAGAUGCACCAAGAUAUUAUUUAGCUUGGAUUAUUCAAAUUAUUGGAUGUUGGGUCUUGGCUCCUUUGACAUUACAAAUUAUAAGAUUCAUUUUGAAUAAAAGAAAUAAGCAAAGAAGACAAUAUAUACAAGACAUUGAAGAUGGGAAAAUUGAAGAUGAAUAUGGAUUUGUUACAACUUUUGACUCUAAUGGAGAUGCAGUUAAGACAAAAGUUGAUAUAUCAAUGUUGGAUUUAACUGAUUUGGAAAAUAAGAAAUUUAUAUAUCCAUUAUAA